AUGGCAUCGCCUGGCCGAAUGUCCAGCCGGCCAUCGCGCCUCGACAUGCUCCGGCGAGGAGUUCCAGAGGAUUAUGUGGACGCGCUGCUCGACGAGAGCUACAUGCAGCAACUCAUCGUUGCCACCGGCAAGCAGCAUCGGAAAAGACAGCGGCAACGAGAUCGCCAGAAUCGGCUCCAAAACGUCAUCCUGACCUGCCUCAUCUGCCAGGCUGUUUUGGGAGUUUGGGUUGCAUUGUACAAGACAUUCCUGCAGCCGGACACAAUCAUCAGUGCGUUUGUCACGAUGGAGAACAUAGACAUGGUGCUGAUGAUGGACACGUCGAACCACAUGAAAGAGCGACGAGAUCAGCAGCACCAGGUUGUGAAGUCCUUUUCGCAAGACAUGCAUCAGGCUAUGCAAAGACAACGAGAAGGAACUCUGCAACAGCUUGUGGAGCGAGUGGAGGAACUGAAGUUGAACUCGUCCACCGCUUUCAGCAGAUUUCUUGGCAACAUCUUCAGUACCAACAAGCCGCAGGACCACACCGGCCUGUCCGGCGGAAGGCUACGGUUUUCCACGGGCAUCUUCAACAGGAACAGCAAGAAGCUACACGACUUUACCAGCAAUCUGACUACGCAACAGGAGGCUCUUGCAACGGUCACGGCGGAUCACUACGAGUACUUCACGCACCUCAACGAGGCCAUGUCACGAUGCGUCGAGACCUUCCAGCAGGUGAAGAAGCCGAGCACGAUAAAGUAUUGCGUUCUGAUUGGUGACAACGAGGCCAUGUGCCAGAAGCCCGCAGCGAAGCGAGUGGACGAUUUCUGCAAUUUGCCUCAGAACAAGGAUCUCUGUCCACCGGAAUUAGUAAAUGUUGGAUCUCCAAUCGAGUAUGCCUAUGAGUUCGACAGUUGCAAAGACUUCGUGACAACUGAGUUCAAUGACAUCAAGCUCAUCAUGAUGUUCACCGUCUCGUCCAAAGAAGAUGAGCAGAUGCGGCUCAGGAACCCGACUUUUCGGAACUUUGUCCAGAACACGACCGGCUGUGAAAUGCAGCCAGUCUCACGCGUUGAGGAUAAGAAUGGCGUCAAGACGACAGUCGUGGAGUAUGUUGCGAAGGAGGACACGCCGCAGUCCCGCCAGAACUGCUUACACUUCAUUCUUGGGCAUGGACUGGAUGACGUGCUUGAAAAGUCCAAGUCCAUUGUGGAACUCCUAAAAUUUACAGGGCAGGAGUUCGAGGAACCAAAUUCACAGAAGGACAUGCGCUACAUAUCAUUCUUGCUGCUGCCCUUGAUCCUGUUUGCCUACUUGGGCGCGUCCGCUAUAGCACGUUGGUAUGCCAGCUUCCAGCACAAGGCGGCUCGCGUGAUGGGCAAGAAGAAGAAGAUGAUCAAAGUGACAAAGACCCUGGUCGAGAAGCCCGCGCGGAGAGCUUCCAGCGUGGACCGCUUCGCGGCUCAGCUUACAGAGGUCGAGCUGGCAGAGGUCUCCAACUUGAGGCCUUUGGUUAAGCUUGGUUCCCCGAUGACGGUGCGGGCACGCCUCAAGGGCGGCCACUUGCGUCAAAGCCCGCAGGGUGUGGCAGAUGGCAAUGGGACUCCCUUCGAUCCCAAUGCGUUCUGGACGUUCGAGCCCACCACAGGUGAGCAGGCCGCUGACAUGAUGAUGGAGGCCAAGCAGGCCGUCCACAUCAAGAACGGCAGAGGCGAUCUGCUUUGCAUCAGGGAAAACGGAGAGACGCACUUCCUGCCUCCUGCAGAGGCGGCGGCGACUGGCAGAAGAGCUGCUGAGUUCGUUGUGUCUUCCAUGUCCGGGGCGGAGGAGAGCCCAGCCAGACUGGGGGAGAACGUUCGGAUCAUGUCCGCGGCAACUGGGAAGUACUUGCGUGUGAAGAAGGAAGGUGACUGUGAUGCCAACGGUUCUCCGUCUGAGACGGAGACCCAGUUCGUAAUCGAUCAAGGUGGCCAAGCUGCUGCAACAGGCGGCAUCUUCACGUUCCGGUCAGAGCCGACCACAGACGCCCUUCUGCACGGCAAUCCCAAUGGCUCUGCACAGGUUGCUUCCGGGAAAGGGACGUGGGCCUAUUGGCUUGUUGAGAAAACGGGCGACAACAUCAGUCAAAGUACUCCGUCGUCCAAGGAUGCAGCAUCAGCAGACUCGACGUCGUUGCGGAUAGGGGACAUCGUGACAGUCAAGGCUUUGCACUCUCAACCGCUACAGGUGGAUACAGCUACGGGCCUUUGUCACACAGGCGAUCCUUCCGCCGAGAUGACCAGGCACUUGUCCCGGAGUCCUAUGGUGUGGGGGCCUUCAAACCAUCGUCAAAGUCAAGUGAAUUCUCAGAACACUGAAGGCUUUCGAGAGGUUCGCAUACCAGGUUCUGUAGAAUCAAAGAGCCGGCUCAAAGCUCAUGCCGGCUCUGUCACGGCUGAUCCCUCCGCGACACCCCAAAUUGGAGUUGACCAUAGUGGAAACGAAUGGAAACAAUAUCGUCGUGGGACAAUAGCUUCAUCGCAAUUCAUGCUUGAGCUGACGUGGUCAGCCCUGCUUUCGUAUUCGAUGGACCUGCACCUUCGGUAUCUUUCCCUAGACUCUUCAAGCGAUUGCCGUCAUCGCCUGAAACAACGUUAUCAACCUCAGGUCUCGUAA